AUGUCAAUCAUAGUACCACUUGCUUUUGGUUAUGCCAAAGAUCCAUGGUCUGUUUAUUUUGCUGGACGAAAAAUUGAAGGCGCAUCAGCAACGACAUUUGAGGUAUUAAGGGAUGGUUAUGCAAAAGAUUCAUGGCAUGUUUAUUACAUGGGUCAAAAAUUGGCCGGUGCUUCAGUACUUUCAUUUGAAACACUAGGUCAGGGAAUUGCAAAAGAUGGUUUUCAUCACUAUUAUUGUGGAGCAAAAUAUAAUGGGAUAGUACCACCAAUGAAUAUGUUCAAGUAA